UGUUGAGUUCGUGUGUAUAUAACAUGUCGAGUCCCUCAUUGCUUUCUCCCAAAAUCCUUACCAUCUUUGCAAACCAAUUCCACCAUCAACACACUCGAAUAUUCGGCCAACAUGACGACCACAACCACAACCACGAUCACAGCUGCAGCACAAACCACACAUAUUGACCCGUUCUGGCAGCGGGCCAAUAAGUAUCUCAUGUACACAGGUGUACCUCCAUCACCUAUGAGAAUUGUCAAGGCGAAAGGCACACGGCUUUACGAUGCAAAUGGCCGAGAAAUUCUGGAUUUCACGUCUGGUCAGAUGAGCUCUCUACUUGGACACUCUCACCCAGAGAUUGUUGAAGUUGUGCAACAUUAUGUCGCCGAACUUGACCAUCUGCUCAGUAACAUGUUGACGGAUCCUGUGAUCGACCUCGCAGAACGCCUUGCUAGUUUUCUACCAGAACACUUGAGCAAGUCAUUCUUCCUGAACACUGGCUCUGAGACAACGGAAGCUGCUAUUAAGAUGGCCAAAUGCUAUACUGGCAAAUUCGAAAUUGUCGCCUUCUCAGCGAGUUACCACGGUCUCACUCAAGGUUCGGGCUCAGCAACCUACUCGGCCGGUAGAAAGAAUGGCGGACCAUCAAUGCCUGGCCAGCUGGCUUUCCCUGCACCUUACGCAUAUCGCUCGCCAUUCAAGAAGGCAGAUGGCUCUUACGACUGGGAGACGGAGCUCGAGUUCGGCUGGUCUAUGAUCGAUAGACAGAGCGUCGGAUCGCUUGCUGCCUUCAUAAUGGAGCCAAUUCUUUCGACCGGUGGUAUUCUGGAGCCGCCAAAGGGCUACCUCAAGCGUAUGAGCGAAGAAUGCAAGAAGCGUGGCAUGCUUCUGAUUCUGGAUGAAGCACAGACUGGUGUUGGACGUACUGGCAAGAUGUUCGCGUAUGAGCAUGAGGAGGAAUUUGUCCCUGACAUUCUUGCUCUUUCCAAGACCCUAGGUUGUGGUCUUCCUCUUGCUUCCGUAACAACCACUGCCGAGAUAGAGCGUGGCUGCAAAGAGGCAGGAUUCCUAUGGCUCACUACUCACCUCAAUGACCCUCUGACUGCAGCGGUCGGAGCGAAGGUUCUCGAGAUAGUCAAGCGCGACAACGUAUGCCAAAAGGCUACAGAACGUGGUCAGCAGCUACGUGCUGGUCUAGAAAAACUCCAGCAAAAGUACUGGUGUAUUGGCGAUAUCCGUGGUAAAGGCCUCCUUCAGGGUAUCGAGAUCAUCUCGGACGCCACAACCAAAGCACCUGGCGCAGAUCUCGGUCAGGCUGUAUCUGAACUGGCCAUGGCCUCUGGUCUUUCUUGCAAUGUCGUCAAUCUUCCAGGCAUGGGUGGUGUAUUCCGUUUAGCCCCGCCAGUCACCGUCACAGCCGACGAGAUCGAGGAGGGCCUCCGAAUCCUUGAUCAAUGCUUCGAAUCUAUCCUUACGAAGCGUCAGGGCGUGACUACCAUCUAGUCAACUCGUAUAAGAUACCCAAUAGGAAUACGCGAUUCAGCUCGCUCUAGAUUCCAUGGAUGCUUAAACCGCGUGAAUCGCCAAUAUUCCAGCACCCAGUCUCGUCAGUUGUUGCCAGUCUUGGCCAUUCCAGGUAUUAGCCGUGAGGGGUGCGGAGUGGGAUAAAGGAGAACUGUCCAUACCACCCCACUUGUAUGUGUCAAAGUUGAAGCUAUUCAUGAACGUUGCAAAAGUCCAUUCGUCUCGAGAAGUCGUGUCUUGCGGAUAAAGGCCAACGACGACAAUUCUGUCGUACAUGGCAUAGGUCCUUCUGUCGCACUUCGGCGUGUAAAUUUUGGUAGUGUAUGCGUGAGAGCAUCUAAGGAAGAGCAUCAAUGUAGUUGAUAAAACAUUGACAGUGCGAGCUUGUGUUCCCACUAGAUUUCGAUCUGUAUUUCCCAAGUACUUGCGUCC